AUGUAGAAAAAAUCAGAUUUAUUUUCAAAUCUUCUAAAUUAAUUCAUAAAAUCAGAGCAUUAACUAGAAGAUAAAUAGUAGAUAGAAUUUAAUCAUUAUAAAACCUAAUAAGAAUAGAAAAGAAUCAACAUAGCAAAGGCAAAAAUUUUAGAAAGUUUAUAAAAAUAGCAAAAAUCUAAUAGUUAAACUUUAAAAACUAAAGCCUAAUAAGUAUUAAUGGCAAAUUUUAUUUGAAAUGUUAUUAACAUGAUUAAUAUUAUGAGCUCUUUCUAUUGAUUAUUAGUGUUUAAGUUUUGCCUUAAAAUUAUUCUAAUAUUUAUGUAAUUUUUGAUUAAAAUUUCAAUCAGUAUUAACUUUAGGAUUAAUAUCAAUCUAACAUAAAUUCUUUAAGUUUUUCUGGAUAAUUAUUGAAUUAUUCUCUAGAUUCAGAUAGCAUUCCUUUAUUUUUUUCUCAGAAAACUUAUCAGAAAUUAGUUGAGAUAAAUUAAACAUAUUAUCUUGUUUUAUAAAUUAUAUCAACUUACAUUCCUGGUAUCUUUUUAAUAGGAUAUUAUAAUUAAUCAUUUGAUUUUAAUUAUUGCUAUAAAAAAAUAUUUUUUCAUAAUAUUUUUUUAUAGCAAAUUCAAUCCUAAUAUGUGUUAAAGCAAAUUUAUAAGGUUGCCAAUAGUAUUUAAUUUGAAAUUUUAAUAGUAGGACUAAAGAAUCUAUAUGUAUACAUUUAAUUACAAAAAAAUAUUUCUGUUUAAUCAAAUGUUACUUUAGAACAACUAUUUUCAGAUUUUCUAGUUACAUAUUAAAAUAUUAUAAUAUUAAUCUUAAAUUAAGACAUUUAAAUAAUAUCAAUAGAUUUCACAAAUAAAAUGACCAUAAAUUAAUAGUAAAUAAAUAAACUUUUCAACAAUAUUCAAUUUAAUCCAAUAUAAAUUGUUAUGAAUACUUAAUUAUUAUUUUCUUUACUAUUUAUAAAUAAUAUUCAUAGAGUUAUAAUAAUAUAAAUUAAUGAAAAUAAUUUACUACUCCCUAUUACCCUUAUUUGGGUGAGUUUUAUUAUAAAGCAAAUAAAUUUAGUAAACUAACAAAUGAAUUUAUCAUAUAUUUUUAAUAAUAAUCAGAAUAUUUGUUUCCAAGUUUGGAAUAUUUAAUAUUUACCAAAAUAUUACUAUGUAAAAAGUCUUUAUAGUGUAAAUUUUGAUAAUAACAUCAAAAUAUAAUAUGAUAACAAAUAUGUAACUUUUAGUAAUUACACUGUUUAUGUAUAUAAUCCUUCGUUACCUUAGCAUAUGAGUUGA